AUGUCUUGGAAUGUUAGAGGAUUGGGGAAGCUAGAAAAGAGGGGAAGGAUUAGGAAGCUCAUCUAUGAAAGAAAGGUGGAUAUUGUGCUUCUUCAGGAGACAAAACAAGCUUCUAUUACUGAGAAUGUUGUUAGAGCUUUGUGGGGUAAGAGAAACAUGGAGUUUAUGGCUGUGGGUUCUGAAGGGACUGCUGGGGGUCUUCUUUGUAUCUGGGACCCAAAUUUUUUUCAGCUGGUGGAUUGUUGCAGUAAUAGAAGAUUUGUUCUCUUAUCAGGUAUUUUGUUAAAUACUUUUGAGUGUACGAUUGUGAAUGUAUAUGCCCCCAAUGAGGUGGGUAGCAGAUGCAAAUUUUGGGAUUCCUUACUCAAGUUAAAAUCUGAGUUCCCAAAACCAUGGUGUUUGGGGGGAGAUUUGAAUGAGAUUAGGAAUAUUGGCAAAAGGGUGGGCUGUUCCAGAAGAGAUAAAGGAAUGAGGGAUCUAAAUUCUUUCAUAGAGAGUUGUGAGUUGCAUGAUCUACCUUUGUUAGACAGGAAGUUCACAUGGUGCAAUGCUCAAGAUGGAGAGAAAUAG